AUGAUUGGGCGUGAGAUGAGCGACAAGAACGGCGGGUCGGAGAGCAGUUGGUAUACGGGAAUUGAUCUGGAAUGGCGGACGACCCCGCCGCCGACGUCCAGCAGCAAUGGGUCCAGUCGGAAACGCACCUGGGAGGAGCGGGCUGCUACGCCGGUACAAGAGCAUGGUGACCCGACCGUUUGGACGGAUCAUGCUUUGGACUCCAGUGUCACGCCAGAAUUAGGCGUUCCAACUACAUUCUCUUCGAAUGGCUCGUCGACGACGCUGGCGGGAGAGGAUGAUGUGGAGGAAAUACCUCGGACGAAGAUGCAGACUGGCUGCAUUCCAUGCCUCAUCAAGGGCAUCCGAUGUGACCCAAGCAAUCCAGGCUGCAAGCGUGUGCUGUCCGAUGACUGGGCCUUGAACGACGGGGGCCGGUUCAACGACGACGACAUUGGAUUCUUCACGCAAGCCAGCCUCACGACUUUCCGACCAGACCUCAAAUGGCGWCGGAGCUGGCGAGAACGACACUGUCUGAACUUCUUUGUCAAUUUCAGCGCACCACAAAUGGCAGGAUUUUUCGACUCCGCCUUCUGGCAACGCAUGGUGAUACAAACUUCAUACCAUGAGCCCGCCAUCCGACACGCAAUCACUGCCAUCGGGGCGCUACAUGAGUGCAUCAUGCAACGUGCGUUUGCCGACGAUAAGCAGAAGUCCAAGGCCAUGGAGUUCGCUCUCAGCCAGUGUAACAAAGCCAUUGCCUGUCUUACCAAUGAUGCGGCCAGUGGCUACGAUCCGAAUAGGCGCCGAAUACCAAGUUCGAGACUGGCUCUUACUACGUGUGUCCUGUUCACCUGCUUCGAAGCCAUGCAAGGCCGUUGCGAUAGCGCCGUGAACCAUGCUCUGCAGGGGAGACGCUUGCUACAGUCUACAGGCCGUGCAAACAUCACCAGCAUGUCACCGCCUGACGACGAUGACAUCGAGCAGAUGCGUCCGUUGGUCGAACGUUUGGAAGUGCAGGCCACGGCGCUGCUCGACAAGGGAAGACGCCCGGAGAUUGAUACCUCCGGCCAGACACCGUUGCUCCCACAGGUCGACUACAUCUACAGUCUUGAGCAUGCGCACAACACACUCCACACUGCACUMAACAGCGUCAUGCGUUUCAUGCAAGGCUUCCAUCCGACCGCACCUCGCGAUCAUAUCGCCGUCACCAUGGCCGAAAAGUACCUCCGAUAUGCGCCAUGGUUCACUCAGUGGGAAGCUGCCUUUACAACAUAUCUCUCGGACCAGCGCGAUUUCAUGUCGAAUAUGGAUCUGAAACGAGCGAUGGUGUUGAAGGCAAAUCACCUCGUCGGCACCAUGCUAUCGUCUGUGGACCAAUCUGCCGGUCCCGUGGCGUACGAUGCCUACGAGUCUGAGUUUAGGGCGAUUGUCGAUUUGGCUAGAGAGGUCCUCGCAUCCUUUUCAUGCCCUCCUCUUCCAACUCUCUCUGGUCCAAACUCCGGAACGCCCUACCUGUCUUUCUCUCUAUGGGUGACAGAUCCCCUCUGGAUGGCCAUCUCACGCUGUCGUAACCCCUCAAUUCGCCAAUCGGCGUUCACUCUGCUUUCGCGCAACCCGCGACAAGAAGGGAUAUGGCACGCCGGGCCACAGCUCCCCAAUUCAAGUCAAUACAUGAGACGUACAUCGGACAACCCCGCUGCAACCACCAACGGCGGAGCCGUACAAGCAACUUCACGAAACGGCAGAUGA